AUGGCACAAUACGCAGCUCAAUCUGAGCGUCUUUGGCUAGAGCCAUUGACCGUAGAGGAACAUCUCGAUGGCUAUCACAAAAUGAUCUCUGAUCCGCGAGCUGCUUCAUGGACAAAACCAAGCGAGUCCAUCGAGGAGAGUAAAGCAUACAUGAUUGAAAGAACCCCGAACCCCGAAAAGCCGUGGAUUGAGAACUAUGCAAUUCUACUUCGGCCGACAACAGCUACCCCUGCCGAUCAAAAGCCUGAGCUCAUUGGCGCAAUUGGAGUGAUAAGAUUCCAGGCUGGGCACGGGGCGGAAAUUGGUUAUGGUAUACAUGCUGGUUAUCAUGGUAAAGGCUUUGCUACAGAAGCUAUGAAGCUAUUUGUGGGGCUUUACUGGAGUAAAGAGAGAGAGGGAGAUUGGAACACAUUAGUGGCGGCUAUAGACCCCGAGAACGUUGCCAGUCAGAGAGUAGUAAAGAAGGUAGGGUUUAGAGAAGGAGACUUGGAAGAUGAGGAACACGAAAUGUGGGUUAAAGGGGGAAAGGAGAAGAAACCUGUGAGGCACAGAGAAUGGUUGCUGUCGAGACCAGUGUGA